AUGAAAAAAAGUUUGGUUCUUUAUGGCCCAUCGAAGGAGCUGCUUAGUGCGGACAUUAGAAGAGGGCUUUUUGCCCGAUGUUUGAACCUCGAGUUUGACUCUCUGCUCAACGACGUUAGAAAACUUCCCCUUGAUCGACUAGAAGAGAGCUUCUUGCAUCUCUUCUUGGCAAAAAGCGUUCAGCACGCACAUGUGCCGUCUGUUGAUUAUCUAUGGUAUCGAUUUGUGAUGGGCCGGAAGGUCUUGAUGGUGAAGCCGCGCUUGUUGUGUGGCAUAGGAGCGGUUGCGCUACAUGGUAGUAAGCCCUUCAUACCCCGUCAGCUAUGCAUGCAUUUUGAGAAGUUUUAUGGCGAAAGCGAUGGCCUUGCUCAAUAUCAUGAAGAGCUUUUGCGUAUUAAAGUCGAGAGUUUUGCCAAGAGCGCUGGUAGUAGCAUUUCUUUCCGUGAGAAGUGGAAAGUAUUCCUUGAGGAUAUCGAUAGAAAUGUAGACGAAACGUGUGUUUUUAGGGUCCGUGAUUUUCCGUACCUUGCUGAGUCCGCUGCAAAUGCGGACCGCGACCUGCUUGCCCAACUCCUGUUUGAAGAAAACAAGAUUGCUAUAAAAAACCGGUGGACUCUUCCUUUACUUCUCAACCUCGCUCUUCUGCAGCCGCGCCUGGACGCAGAUUUUAAAAUUCGAAUCUUCAGUACAUUCUACGAAACCCACAAGUCUCUCGAUUACACCGACAGCGUAUGCAUUCUCUUCCAAACCUUGCGAGACGACGUCUACCGGUCAACAAAACUCAUGCAGUUUUUGACUGAGCGGCGCAUCUCACUACCGCCGCUCGCAGCAAAAUACUUCAUGAGCGGUUCAUCGAAGCAUUCUUAA